AGUUCCAUUGCGGUAGCAACGAUUCGUUUCUACGUUUCACCGGUCACGAUCGCAGCUGAGACAGAAACAAAACAAGGCGUUAGCAUAGUUUUGGCCGUGAAUAAGUUCGAGUUCGUCGCAAAGGUGAAAAAGUUGGACGUCCGACCGAAUUUUUCAUUCGCAGAGGCGACCGUCGCCGAUUGUUUCGCAGUUACCAGCGUAGUCCGACCGAUCGUUCAGAAUUUCUUGGUUAGAAAGAAUUUUGCUGCAUCUGUCAAUCCUGAAGCGAAGAUGUCGUUCGAAGUCGAGAAACAAAAAUUCUUGACCAUGCCGCUAGAAGAGAAAAGAAAAUACUAUAAGGGAAGCGUAAUGACAUUGGAUCAAAUUCCGACUUGGGUGGAAUACUGGAAUAAAAAUAAAACGAAUAUCGGCGUAACGAACCUCGAGAAAGUCGAGAAAGUUGACGAGGAGAUGGCUAAGAAAAUUUCGAUAUGGCAAGGAGACAUCACGUCCCUAGAAAUAGACGCGAUCGUCAAUGCAGCAAACUCGAGCCUUCUUGGCGGUGGUGGAGUUGACGGAGCUAUUCACAAAGCUGCAGGGCCAAAUUUAAAGAAAGAAUGCGCCACUUUGGGAGGAUGUCACGUGGGUGAAGCUAAAAUAACAGGGGGUUACAUGUUGCCUGCAAAGCAUGUCAUUCAUACGGUUGGCCCGCAAGGGGAAAAGCCAGAAAAGUUGAAGGAAUGUUACGAAAACAGUCUGACAGUUGCCAGAGAGAAUCAAUUGCGCACUAUUGCUUUUCCUUGCAUAUCGACAGGAAUUUAUGGAUAUCCUCAAAGACCAGCAGCCAAAGUAGCUUUAUCGACAGUCAAGAAGUUCCUAAUCGACAACAAAGAUGCUGUGGAUAGAGUAAUCUUUUGCUUAUUCUUGAAAAGCGAUAAAGACAUAUACGAGGAAUUGUUACAGAAGUAUUUUGCUAUCGAUUAGAUCAUUCGCUGGCAAAUCAUAUAUAUGUUACUCGUAUUUCGAGAUUGUGAACUCGAAACGAACAGAGAACGAAACUGUAUUGAGUGUA